UGUGAGCGAGCCAAUCAGGGGCCACCGGAGGUUGGCGGCUCGAGAGGCGGCUAGUCGCGCGCUCGCUUUCCCAAGAUGGCGGCCGCUAAGGACGGUUGUGGAUUAGGAGAAGUGGGCGCAGGGAACGGCCGGCGGCUCCACCUGGGGAUUCCUGAGGCCGUGUUUGUGGAAGAUGUGGAUUCCUUCAUGAAACAGCCUGGGAAUGAGACUGCAGAUAUAGUACUGAAGAAGCUGGAUGAACAGUACCAGAAGUAUAAGUUUAUGGAGCUCAAUCUUGCUCAAAAGAAAAGGAGGCUGAAAGGUCAGAUUCCUGAAAUUAAGCAGACAUUAGAAAUUCUAAAAUACAUGCAGAAGAAAAAAGAGUCCACCAGCUCACUGGAGACUAGAUUCUUACUGGCGGAUAACCUGUAUUGCAAGGCUUCAGUUCCUCCUACUGAUAAAGUGUGUCUGUGGUUGGGGGCUAACGUGAUGCUUGAAUAUGAUAUUGAUGAAGCCCAGGCAUUGUUGGAAAAGAAUUUAUCGACUGCUACAAAGAAUCUUGAUUCCCUUGAGGAAGACCUUGACUUUCUUCGAGAUCAAUUUACUACCACAGAAGUCAAUAUGGCCAGGGUUUAUAAUUGGGAUGUAAAAAGAAGAAACAAAGAUGAUUCUACCAAGACCAAAGCAUAAUGCUGGCAAU